ACGGGGACACGCGCUUUGGGCCACAGCAACUCGUUUAAGUUCCCUCCCUCGCUCCCUGGCGAAGCCGGCCUGAGUCCUCCCACUCGGUGCAGACCGAACCAUCGCGGCCGCCGCUAGCCGGGCGUCCUGGGCCCGCUCGGCCGGCCCGCUCCACUCUCUGCCCGUGGCCCCGCGGAGGCGGCUGCGAGGACUUGGCGGCCCCUGCAGCCCGCGAUCGGCCCUCCAGAAGCGCCGGCGGCCCGGAUCCCAGCCCUCGCGGGCCCCGACUCGCCCUCCCUGCCAUCCCUGGGAACCUGGCUCCAGGCUCGGGCUGCACCGCCCGGGACCCGGGAGCGCGGCCGAGGAAUCCCCAAUUGGACACCUAGAGCACCUAUCCUGUUCGUUUCCAGUCUUGAAUUGGAAGUUAGCAACACUCUCUGAGGCCAACACUCUCUGAGAGGAAAAUAAAUGCUUCUGCAUAUUUGGGGGAAGACACAGCCAGAGGGAAUCACAGCUGGUGUAUCUGAAGCUGAGGGGUCUUGUUGCCAGGUGGGGAAAGUGAGCGCAUAACCUUGGAAGGUGAAAUUCACCCACCAUAGUGAUCACCAACUGUCACUAACAUGUGGCAUUGGUUUUGUGCUGUAGCGAUUGGUGAAGGAAGAACUUCGGGUCAACAACACUCCUGGCGUGAACCAUCUGGUCCAGGAGUAAUGCUGAAAAGAAGUAUGUCAUUUCACUGCAAUUUAAGUCCAGGAAUAAUGCUGAAAAGAAAAAUGUCAUUUCACCGCAAUUUAGGUCCAGGAAUAAUGCUGAAAAGAAGUAUGUAUGAAGGCAUGAUUGAGCACAAACUAAGAGCAGCCCCAAACUAAUACCUCCUGCUGCGGGGAGCACGUUAAGAAAGGAAGGAUUCCUGUGACUUCUGCCUGCCGUCUAUAAAGUACCCAUUCCUUUCAACUCUGCCUGCAGUUGCACACAAAGACCUGGAGGAGGAAACUCCCACGUCCUCGAGGAGAAGAAAGGAGGCGGCGAGGCAGAUUAAAGGAACUUGUGGCUCGGCUCGUGGCCCUUUUGCACCAGCGCUGCCUGGACCUGGACCCGGGGAAAGUGAGCGUAAAGCCACAGUGGCGGUGCAUGGGCUGUGAGAUGAGGCGCUGCUGCCGCCGCUGCUGCUGCUGCCGCUGCUGCUGACACUCAGGUUCCCGGGUCCGUCCGCUGCCCUUUGUGCUUCGUGUACAUGUGUCUAUUCAGCGCAUCCGGAGGCGCCCAGCAGAGAAUCCAACACGGCCGCCGGGGAGAGACCACCCACCAUGCCCACGGAGACCCUACAGACAGGUAGCAUGGUGAAGCCGGUCAGCCCCGCGGGCACCUUCACCUCGGCGGUGCCCCUGCGCAUCCUCAACAAGGGGCCCGACUACUUCCGCAGGCAGGCGGAGCCGAACCCCAAAAGACUCAGCGCCGUCGAGAGGCUGGAGGCCGACAAGGCCAAGUAUGUCAAGAGCCAGGAGGUCAUCAACGCCAAGCAGGAGCCGGUGAAGCCGGCCGUGCUGGCCAAGCCCCCCGUGUGCCCCGGCGCCAAGCGCGCGCUGGGCAGCCCCACGCUCCGAGUGUUCGGCCCCAACGCCAAGACCGAGAGCGGCGUGCACAGGGAGACCCUGAAGCUCGAAAUCCUGAAGAACAUCAUCAACAGCUCGGAAGGCUCCAGCUCCGGCUCCGGGCACAAGCACAGCUCCCGCAACUGGCCUCCGCACCGGCCCGACGCCACCGACCUGCACCGACACUCCUUCGCCGAGUCCCUGAAGGUCUACCCGACGCAGGGCCGGGGCAGCCCGCAGGAGAGCAGCUCCCACGUGGGCAGGAGGCUGCUGGAGCAGACCGCCGAGUCCUUCCUGCACGUCUCCCACAGCUCCUCGGACAUCCGCAAAGUGACCAGUGUGAAGCCCCUGAAGGCGAUCCCCUGCAGUAGUUCCGCCCCUCCCCUGCCCCCCAAACCCAAGGUUGCAGCCAUCGCCCCCAUGAAGUCCCCCGAAGCCGACCCGGCGGAGCCGGCCUGCGGAGUCAGCCGGAGACCCUCCCUCCAGCGGUCCAAGUCGGACUUGAGUGACAGGUACUUCCGCGUGGACGCAGACGUGGAGAGGUUCUUCAACUACUGCGGACUGGACCCCGAGGAGCUGGAAAACCUGGGCAUGGAAAACUUUGCCAGGGCUAAUUCUGACAUCAUAUCCCUCAACUUCCGCAGUGCAAGCAUGAUCAGCUCGGACUGUGAACAGUCGCAGGACAGUAACAGUGACCUUAGAAACGAGGACAGUGCCAAUGACCGGGUGCCAUACGGCAUUUCUGCGAUCGAAAGGAAUGCCAGGAUCAUCAAGUGGUUAUAUAGCAUCAAACAAGCUAGAGAGUCCCAGAAGGUCUCCCACGUGUAAGAGACAGUGCGCGUGUGCGAAGGAGGGAGGGGGUGGGUCUCUUGUCUGUGCAUCCGCCCUUGUGAAGGUCGUGAGGUCUCCUUGAAGUGUUGUGAGCUUCUCCGCUCUCUUUGUGUUGCUUGUUGUGCAAUGUUUUCAAGUUGCAUGCCUGUCAACAUGGGGACUGACCUGGCGUCCCGGUCAACCAUCGCUGCAGAGCCUGGCCGAACACACGUCACCUGCCAAAAAGUUUCAGGCCAGAAUCGGAUUAGGGCUUUGAUCUCAAGCAAAACUGUUUACACCCGAAAAACGGUAUACAACUUCUUCAAUAUUUAUGUGGUUCUUGUGUUUUAUAUCCCGCGCUAUUGUGUCUUAAUUAAAAGUUUUAUCAACUGGCUUUUAAGUGGAGAGGAGCAUCUUUUUGAAACAAAAAGCCGCUUUGCCUACGUGUGACACCAAAACACGAGGGAAAUAAAUGGAACCUGCUAACCAAACUGAUAGAGUCACUGACCUAAGAUAGAGAACCAGGCUGGGUUUUCUGAGGAAAGAACGUGGUGAGCCUGAUGUUAACUCCUUACAUACUGCAAUUCUCUUGCCCCUUGCUGAAGUAAUGGUUGGGGCAACAAUGCUACGUCCUGUGUCCUAUUUAGUGUGUAAAUAAACAUUGGUGGCUCUGUGUAAUACUGACCCCAAGAAAAGACAAUCAGAUACAAUGAAGGUGAUUAUAUCUAGGAGGUUGAAUAUCCUUUUUGUUGAUAUCCUUCUGAUUUGGGUUGAUUCAGAAGUUUCUACUAUUAAUCUUUUUACAGGAAUGGCCACUCUGAAGUUGUUACUCAAUGUCUUUAAAUUUGGGGGGGGGGGGGUAUUUUUGGUCAAUAACUAAGGCCAUGCUGAUUCUCUUCCCUCCCUCCUUCCCUUCCUUUGUUGUUGUUUUAUUUGGGAGAGAGGACAAGGAAGUGGGGCUUGUGCAGGUCUGUGCUAUCUGAAGACACGAACCCACACGGAAAUACCAGCCAUAUUAGUAUCGAGCCUCCUAUUCAACAGUAAACGCCUUUGGUAGCUGAAUCAUAUCUGAGCAGUGUGGUUGUGUGGUCUUACCUAUGUUAUUCGCUCAGGCUCUGGGCCUUUGUUACAACCCUAGGAAACUAGAAACACGACACUAUUUAGCCCCACCCCCACCCCCCACCCCCCGCCAUGGUCUCUAGUGCUACAUAUCAACUCAUUCCCUUUCCCCGCCAAUAACCUGUCUUCCAGUUAGCUGUCAACCAGCUGACAGUUGUGGUGUGGUAGCAAGAGGUACACAUGCAGUGGUCUGCUUCAUUGCUCUUGUAGUUACGCUCCGUAAUUCAGGAGCACUACCUUAGACCUUCGUCAGCUAAUAAGAAACUUUUUAUGGUGUAAAUGCUGUAAGACUUUGUACAUACUUCAGUUGUUAUGAAAACUUGAAGAAAACAAAGGAAAACUUAUGCUAAUAAAUAGCUCUGGUGCAGGCACUAAUGGUGGUGGUUUCUCUUUGUACUUUCCUUUGCUCUCUCCAUGGAAGUUUAACUUUGGCAUGUGAGCCAGAAGCGGAUUUUUGAUGGUCUUCAAGAAACAUUGUUUUAUUACGUUAUUUUCCCCAUAUCACAAUUAUUUGGAACAUCAGUGUUCUUAAUUGUAGCUCCAGCAAUGUGCUUCUGCUUAAAUAGUUGCAUCAAGGCUCCUAAAAAUAUGCAGCCUCUUUGUUACUUAGUUCACACUUCAGUUCUUUUUAUCUUUUCUUAAACAACAAGACCUUUUACAUCUUCCACUAGACUCUGGAGUUGUAACUAUGAAUGAAUUCUUACAGUGGAGAUAUACCUUGGAAAUUUAUAGCCUUGUUCUUAUUUUUAUACAGGCC